GAAAGAGUAUUUAAGCUAGGGUAUAGGGCCAUCAAGCAGGUUAUAAAAGGUGUGGAAUUAAACAACAUAUAAUUUUCACCACUUAUUUUAAAUAAUACUUUUUUUGGGCUUUGUCUGGUGAAGCAAUAGUUCUCUAGACCCUCUCUGUCCACUAUAUUAGUUUACGUGACGGUGCAAAACACUAAGCUUCAAGUUGCUUCGUUGCCAGGUCGCGGGGCUCCUAAAGGUAAACAUGAUUUCGUUUUCCCAACUUACUUUCUUAUGAAGUUUACUUUUUAUAAUGUCCCCUACUAUGCACUCCCCAUGUAUAAGUUCAGAGAGUUCUUUCAGUCCCGCUUUAAAACCUUAAUCAGUGUUCUGGACUUGUAUAAAAUAAUUCAGACAUCAAUUAAUUCAGACAUAGUGAACACCCUCGAGAGCUCACCUUUAAUGGAAGGUCUUCAACACAGCGUUCCCUACUGUAGUAUUCAUCUUAAGAGAGAGCAACACAAGGGAUGGGCUGAGCAGGAAAUCGAACCGUUGCCAAAUGUCCACAUGACCAUUUCGGAGAUUCAGAAACUGAUCUACCCGCUGCUGAGGGUGCAUCCGGGAGACAUUCCAGUGACUACCCUACUUCACUGCAUUAAAGGGCAACUUAAAGCUUCAAUAAUGCCGAAUGAAAGCGGUGUCAACUUGGAGCAUUUGGUUUUCUGUGUCCAAGGAAUUCAGAUCCAGAUGAAUAACUUUGGUAUUAAAAUUCUAGGCUGGUUGGAGCUAAGCAAGGAUAUGCCCUUGCAAGCUACUGGCAGCUCAAAUGCAAAUAGCCUGAACGUCAGUGACCGUGCUAAUUGUUCGGAAGGGAGCUACUUCAAAAAUUCUGUUGCCGAUCCGCUCUUUCAAAUCUCCCGCGAGGUAAUCGAGUUAGUUAAGAUGUCGCCAAAAUCAACUAUGAAGUUUAAUCGCUUUAUUCCGGCCUAUCACAAUCACUUUGUAAAACAAUGUAGAGUUUCAGACUACGGAUAUACAACAUUGUCUUCUGUGGUGUACAUCAUGGGAGACGACGAAAAUCGACAGAUCACGCUGACUUAUCGGAUUAGGGAGUGUGACAUGGCAGACAUCCUAGAUGGCCUGGUGAGCUUGAACAUCUUUGUUCUAAGCAAUGUACAGCACGGAAAAGAUAUUCCUAAAUCAAUGCCAAAACGCAAAAUGACUAGCAGUGAAUUGGAGAAAACAAGUGUGUUUGCCGGGGAGCUCUUAAAGAAUUCCCUUCAGUACUCUGUUCAGUUUCAAAAGUUUGUAAGAUCCUACCAUUAUCACUUCGCCUACCAAUUUCGUCUCAGUGACUACGGCUUCCAUAAGAUGGCAGACCUUAUGGAUGCUAUUCACGUCUUAGUCGAGAUGAAAAUAAUACUCUCACCAAAAGUGGCUAGACGUGUGUUUGGUGAGCAAUGUGAGGAUCUUAUACGUAGCGUUACUGGCAAUGCAACACUCUGUACGAAGCUAGAUCAGGUGUUAAAGCUACACAAAAAGAAAUAUGGCUACCAGAUUCAACCUAAGACUCUGAGAAUCUCGGAUAUGGCUACGGCAGCUAAGCUGUUGCCCUACGUUGAGUUAAAGCAUAAAGACCAGACAAUUUGGCUUAUCUGUCACAAUAACGACGUAGAGUUUUGCCUUCUUUGCUAUAGAGCAUGUAAGCACCUUUCGGCAUCGGUUCUGUCACCAGCAACAAAUUAUGCCAAUUUAGGAGCUCAAUCUUCAUUAUUACCAGGAGCUUCUCAGAAGACUCAAUUUAUAAGCGACACGGAGCAGGCACUUUUAGCCAUGCGACAUGCAAUUGAGGUUAGCUUAUUUAUAUUUAUAUCGGCCUUAAACCCAAUGAAUUAUUUUUAAAUAGAUUUAUAAUAGCGCCGGCGUACAGUAUGUUCGCCUAACCGGAUUCAUGAAGCUGUUUAUUGCCAUUGUCUAUGCUAGAACAGUGGCCAAGCAUGUAUCUAUGCGACAUCAAAAACGCUUUGGACAGUGACUUCGCUUCUAUUUUUGAGUUUGGAUUCCCAAAUCUCUAUUCGGUAAACAGUGGACGAACCCAGGAACGAUGCUAUGUUUCUAUGAAUCCUAACUGCGAGUGUGGGUAUCACCAAAUACCCUAGUUGAUUUAAAUAAUCUUAAUUUUGAUUUUGUCUCUUCGAAAGUGCGUCAGAUUUCAUUAAUAAAUCAACACUUGGGUGGCCUCGCAAAGAUGUUAAAUGUAAAGCACAUGGCACAAAGCAGAUUCCGUACUCCCAUAGACGAGCAUAUCAACCUCCUACCUACUCAGUCCCCACAAAGUAGCCUAUCAAUAGCCAACCAUUAUGCGAAGACCGUUGUCAAUGCGUGCAAUUUUAAGUUUAAUAACUUUUAAUCUUAUGACGAUCUCUUUGCGACGGAUAAUUACAUCAUUCCACCGCUGGCCAAUUAUUUUAUUGACUCAUCAUUGCUCAAUAGCUUCGGGUCAGCUCUUGAAAGCGGUAAUUUGUAUAAAAGUUUCUGCAACAAAGAGAACUGGAUGAACUCAUCGAGUCAAUUAUUAAACAGUUCAUUAAACUCGUCUAAAGAGCUGAAUGUCAGUUUCGGAGCAGGAAAUUUGGCUAUUAUAACCUCCAGUACAGCCAUUUCAUCGGAUACUUUAUAUGAUCACUCAUCGUUCAAACUUUGUAAUAGACGUAAUGCAUGCUUUAAUAAGCUUUGUAAAAACAUGCCGAUUCAUGUGGAUAGUGACACUGAUGAAACCUGCAAUUUGGUCAGCGGACCGUCAAUAUGAUCUAUUUAUGAGCCUCUGAAAAAUGAAACGCCAACAACAAAGGUAAGAAUAAAAAUAAAUACGAUACAAACUAAGUUGUUCUUAAUUUCGUGGAGUCAUACAAUUUUUUUCACCAACAGAAACUAUCUUUUUGGAAUGAUCCCAUUUGGAGCGCACGAUCGACUACCUGAGCUUAAAACAAAUAAUAUCUUCCCUAUACUGCUUUCCCCCUAUACCAUUUCAAAAAACGAGAACUUAAAGAGGCAGCUGUUUAAUUUUGAAAAUCAUGUUCG